AUGAAAGAGAAUGCACGGUGCGAAAGUUCGGGUUUUGGAUGUCGCACCCCCAAAUUCGGGUUUGUCGCGCGUGCGGAUGAAAUGAAAGAAGAAUGCACGGUGCAAAAUGUGUCAGGACUUUAUGUCGCGACUAGUAUUUUGCAUUCGAAAUUUCAGUAUCCGGUCGAGAUGUGAAAUGCCCGGUAUGCCACAAACGAAUCCCGUCGGACGACGCGGAAGUCCAUCUGGUAAUGUGCUUCACCCGUCCAAAGAUCGCCUACAAUGAAGAUGUUUUGGCAGAUGAAAAGGGAGAGUGCGCGAUCUGCCUGGAGGAAAUGAUUGUUGGCCACACAAUUGCUCGACUGCCAUGUCUUUGCAUUUAUCAUAAAAAGUGAGGAGUUUGAAAAAUGAUUAGCUGUGAAUUUUUGCAAAAAGAGAAUUGGGCAGGUUUUCGUGGUGGGACCGACGAACUAACAGUGACGGACCUGAUCCAGUAGCAAAAAACGUAUCAUUUAGUAUCCGGGAAGUAUCAAAAAAUGUAGCAAAAUCCUCCCUCUCCAAGUGAAAAAAAACUUCGUUUUGAAGGGCGCGCCCUUCCCCUCACAAAAUGAGAUGGCGCGCUUUUGAAAUCGGACUUUUUUCACUUGGAAAUGGAGGUAUUUUGCUCCAUUUUUUGAUACUUCCCGGAUGAAAAAUGGUACGUUUUUUGCCACUGCGUCGAGACAAAAAGUCCUGAUAAUUUUGCACCGUGCGGAUUUUGCGCGGUUUCUGUCGCACUCUAAAAAAAAAACGAUUUGUCGCUCCGAAAAAUGGGAAUCGCGCGCGACGUAAGGCAAAAACAAAGGAAAAUGCACUGUGCAAAUGCACUUUUUGGGUCAAAUGCACCGUGCAAAGCACUUCUUUUCGCGAUUUUCGCAGCGACGACCCAAAACGUUCAAAUCCGCACGGUGCAAAAUUAUCAGGACUUUUUGUCUCGAUAACUUGUUGAAGGGUGGUGAAACAGGUUUAAACAUGCAUCAACCGUCUUUUAACGUGACAUUGAGUGGUGUGUAUUCAACUUUAUUUCACUUUUAGAUGCAUCGACGAAUGGUUCUGCCGCAAGAAUUGUUGCCCCGAACAUCCUGGAGAUGACUGA